CUAUAGCUGCGAACUAGUCAGCCCAACGUGCAGAGCGCUGCUCAGCUUGGAUUGCCGCUGGUUCAACGGGGUCUUCGACAGCGUCGCACUCCAUGUGCGCUGCUUGCGUGGAUGUUGAAAUUGCGCUGUGCAGCUCAGUAACCGCAGCAGGGAAUCAACAUGUCGAACCCACCCCACGACCCGUUCUACUCGUCCCCGUUCGGACCCUUCUACAGAAGGCAUUCGCCCUACAUGGUGCAGCCCGAAUACCGGAUCUACGAAAUGAACAAACGACUUCAGUCGCGCACAGAGGAGAGUGACAGCCUUUGGUGGGACGCCUUCGCCACCGAGUUCUUUGAGGAGGACGCCACCCUCACGCUGUCCUUCUGUCUGGAGGAUGGGCCAAAGAGAUACACCAUCGGACGGACUCUGAUCCCACGUUACUUCUCCACGGUGUUCGAAGGCGGAGUCACUGACCUCUACUACAUCCUGAAACACGCCAAGGAGUCCUUCCACAACUCCUGCAUCACGGUGGACUGCGAUCAGUGCACCAUGGUCACGCAGCAAGGGAAACCAAUGUUUACAAAGGUGUGUACAGAGGGACGUCUCAUCCUAGAGUUUGCCUUCGAUGACCUGAUGAGGAUCAAGACCUGGCACUUCACCAUCAGACAGUACAGAGAGCUCAUCCCUCGAAGCAUACUGGCCAUGCACGCACAAGACCCACAGGUGCUGGAGCAGCUUUCUAAAAACAUCACCCGCAUGGGCCUGACCAACUUCACCCUCAACUACCUCAGGCUGUGUGUCAUACUGGAGCCCAUGCAGGAACUCAUGUCGAGGCACAAGACCUACAACCUCAGUCCUAGGGACUGUCUGAAGACAUGCCUGUUCCAAAAGUGGCAGAGGAUGGUGGCUCCCCCAGGUAACAUUUGCAAUGCCUACCUAACCAAGCCCGCUUCUUUGACAGAAGCAGUCCAAAUAACAGAAGCUGGACACCCACAGAACUUCAAAACGGAAAUAUUUCCCACGAAUCACAAAAAAGGUCGCGCCAAAGCUGAGCCCGCCAGACAAACCGCCACAAAGAGGAGGAAAAGGAAGAACUCAGCCAGCAGUGCCAACAGCGGCGUCGGCAACACCAACAAGAAACGCAGCCCCGCCACUAACUUCAGCCUCUCCAGUCAGGUACCUGACGUAAUGGUGGUGGGUGAGCCUACCUUGAUGGGCGGCGAGUUCGGCGACGAAGACGAGCGUCUGAUUACGAGGCUGGAGAACACGCAGUACGACGCCACCAACGGCCUCGACGACGAGGACGAUUUCAACAGCUCACCGGCGCUCGGUAACAACAGCCCAUGGGCCACCAAGCCCCCUAGCAACCAGGACAGCAAGCCAGAGAGUACAGCGCCUCAACCCUCUCAGUGAGAAAUGCAAAAAGAAAAGAAAUUAAAGGAAAACAAGUCCAGACAAGUCUUGAUUAGGCCUACCCCGUGGACUGUACCCAUUUCGCACACUAGGGCAGACUCCUCACCCAUUCAGAAAUUAGAUCUUGUUGGCCACAUUCUAGAACUCUGGUCGAUGGUGUCACGCUCAUUACAACCAAAAUACAAGGACAAUUUGUCUCUGAAUCCCUGUAAAAUCCUGGAGAUGCUACUAACUGAUGACAUUGCACAGCAAUAUCCACAAUGACAAAGACUACUUUUUUCACGGAGAUGCAUACAGGCUGUAUGCACCAAUGAGAUAAACUAUGGAAGGUGGCCAUUUUCCCCAAUAAAGCCUCAGCUGGAAUGCCCAGAGAAUGACACAAAGUCUGAGCUUGCUUUUAUGGACAUAUUCUCAAUUCUUGAACUUUACCUGUAGCGGUCUACUGUGUGUAUGCUCUUUUGACCUGUAGGUCAUGGCCAUUGUAUGACAGAUGACCAGGGAAGUAAUAGAAAAAAAACAAAGACUGAGAUUCUUUUUUCAGAGCAACAACCUCAAUGAAAGUGAACCGUUAAGGUUUUCCACAGCCGACGGAGCCAACAUGCAUUGGCGAUCAUCGAAUCGCUGUCCCAAACAUUAGCAUUUUUAUUGGAAAUUCAUUUGGCUGUUGGUUUGUUUAUGUUGCUGUUUUUAUUUUUUCCUUCAAAAUUUCCAAUUAAACAGAAACAUACUCUUUCACCACUAUGGACUUGUUUUAAAUGGAGAAACUGGUGCCCUGGGAUUGCUUUUUCCGAAUUACUGCAGUCGUUGCAGAUUGUGAUUUCAUGCAAACCUGUUCAAUUGUGUUUGUAGUCUAUUGGUGUUAUUUUGCUUCUCCCAGAAUAUUUUGCCAUUACAUUGUAAUUUUUGCCAAUCAGUACUAUAUGUGACUUUGCUAAGAGACACCAAUGCAUUAAGGUUGAUUUUGUUUUCCUAUUUGGAAUUUGAAUUUUUCCCUUUAAUGACCUACUCCCAAACUGAUAUUCUAAAGCUUUUCCUGCAUGAUUUAUAUAUUUUUGUUUAAUAUAUGUACUUUUUGAGAAACGUUGGUUCAGUUUUUAUUUGGUUCAUCAGUUUGGGAACACUGUUACAAGGUUUGUAGCUCUGUAUAUAGAGGUGUGACCUGUUUAAUCCACUUCAAAUAACCACUGAGACUAUUUUGUACAUGGCAGCUGUUUUGACAAGCUUUCUGCAGGGAUUUCAAAUUUCUAUAGAGCUACUUGGAUGCUGGUUGUAUGUCUGAACAAUGUAAAGUCAGCUCACGUCCUCAACAAUCCCAGAAUCCACCUCAACAACUAGAACUUGCUUUUGACAACAACCUUUAUUUAUAUCACGUGUAUUCCUAUCUCUUUGGUCUACAAAAUAUAAAAAAUAUAACCACAUAUACUACAGUAAGAUACAGCCAAAACCAGCACCCACAAAUCUCUAAAGAAAGUAUUUGAAAUCCCUGAUUUUGUGUUCUUCAUUUAACUCAGACUAAUUAAUACUCCCUGAUCUCCUAGACUCACUGGUUGGAUUUGGUUUCUGAACGUCCAAAAGACAACAGUGGAUGUCUUUAUACAUUUGGAUCUUUGUGUAUUUAUUUGUGCAUUUGUAAGGAAGCCAACACAUUUCUGAAUAUGUUUGAGCUGGUAUUAUUAGUGCUCUGCACAUUUGUACAUUAUAUAGCAGAGAUGUUUUGUGUCAUAUCUGAUGUCUGGUAUGUAUGCUUUGCCAUUAUGUGUGCCAAUAAACAGU